AUGGCUUUUACUUGCUCAGAUAUUAUUAAAAUAAUUGCUGCCGUCAUCUUACCUCCAUUAGGAGUAUUCUUAGAACUUGGUUGUACUAUAGCUCUUUUAAUUAAUGUAAUUUUAACACUUUUGGGUUAUAUUCCAGGUAUCCUUCAUGCUUUGUAUAUUAUCCUAAGGUACUGA